UAUUUAUCAUCAUCCUUUAGGUGAAGCGAGAAUUUUUCCCCUUCGCCCUAUUACUUUUUCUCUUCCUCCACCCUAGGGGUGCUUUCAACUGGCUGGUCUAAUGCUCACUCUAAUCCACGGAUCUUCCUGCGACGUCUGCGCUGAGGAAUAUGGCGCGCAACGUCUGCCCCAUUCCAUUCCCUGUGGCCACGUCCUGUGCGCGAGUUGUUGCACGACCAUAGUUGAAAAAACUUCCCCCCGGCUUUCACCUGUCUGUCCUUUUUGCCGCGUAAACUUCAACGGCGAUGACAUCCGGCUCAUUCGGAUGGAUUUCACAACGAGUGGUUGGAGUACGCCUAGACGCUUACCCACUGUUGAGUCGCAAUAUAGUGAUCUCACCAGUGAGUUUUUGGCGAGGAGGACUGAACGACUCUUGUCCCCAGAAGGUAACUCGAGGAUCCGACCCGAGGCCCGACGGCUGGAAGACAAGGUGGCCAAAGUCGCCGCAAAAAAAUGUUCUGUUGAGGAGGUCUCUGCUCUUCACAAAGAACUCGAGGGUUGGCUCUUGUCUGAGAAGGAUGACCAAACUUCAUCUCUUUUACUCAGCGCAGCUCUGCUGCGGGCCAUCCUCAUGAAUCAUUUAUCCCAUUCUGAGGCCAGUAAAAAUGCAAAAACAGUCGAGGCGAACCUCAAGGUGAAACUCGACGCCCUUGAAACUACUAACGGAACGCUAGAAUCUGAGUUACGACGAACACGACAACAAUAUACACAAAAAUCACAAGAAUGCCAACAAUUGCGAACUGAGGUUAACCAGUUGAAGGCGUUGGCUACCACUUUAGGGGUGCCAUCCCACGAUAUGCCGCCCCCGCCACCACAGUCGCCGACACCACCGUCAACUUCACCGGUGCCUCCCUAUAGCUCAUCAUCACAAUCACCUCUUUCACGAUUCAAUUCCACGCAUGUGAGAUCCGCCUCCAUGUCGUCACGACCUUCUACGCCCACUCCACCCGCCCGAUCCCAUACCCCCGCCGCUCCCCCGCCACGGUCACACACGCCUUCUCUCAGGCCGCAGACACCUUCUAUUCGGUCACAUACACCAAUGCGGUCUUACACUCCGGCCCCACCCGUACCGCCGAUGCCAAGGUACUCAACACCAACCCCGAUGUCGAUGAGGUCACACACUCCGGCUCCUCUAGUCCCGCCCAAACCCCGCCGCCUCUCGACACCCUCACCCCCCAAAAUGAUGCGUUCAGCCUCUGAAGAAAAAGCAGAUGCCCAUGAGCGCUGGAUACCCCCUUCCGCAGACCCUGACUCGUUCGAUUACUCGAACAAAUACAAGCCCGUCAGGCCACCAUCCCGUAUGGCCACCCCUAGCAUCUCUGCCUCUGCUGCCGCACGCUACAGAGAAAUGCAUGUCUAUUCCCCGACAUGAACGCUUUCACCCUCGGACAUAAUUCUAUUCUAGAAUUGAUUCUAUUGCGUGCAUGUAUCUUAUUUGCUUCCCAUUAGUUACCCACCCGUCUGCUUGGAUAUCCCUUUCCUCGUCUCCAUAUUCCCCUUACUCCCAAAUUCCCCUUGCUCCCAUAUUCCCCUUGCUCCCAUAUUCCCCUUGCUCCCAAUUCCCCUUCCCCCGUCUGCAUAUACCACCGCCUUAUCGCAACCGUUCUCGUCCCCCGUAGUUACCUGUGUGGAUCCACGUCUUCUAUUUAUCGCUGAGCUGGAUUCCGCCACCUUUUACUCACCCAUCAUUCCCAAUCGCCUUUCGACCUUCCUCUGCCACUUCCAUCGAUAGAUGGCUAGUUCGGCCCUUUUACACCCACUUUUUAAUCGUAGUACCUUUUUUAGCCUUUACAAUCUCUUUAUGGAGAGCGGCUGCUCUUCUUGCGUUUUUUCUCUCUUCCCUCUUUGCUGUCCCGUUUACCUUUUUUCCCCAUUUUUCCCCUGCUCUAGUCCUAUCUCGUGUUUUCUUGGUUAACUCCACUGUUUUCCUCUCUAGUAUUACUUAGUUAGCAUCGUACGUAGACGGCGGUUAGAGCCGCUCUCAUCUCUCUUCAUAUGUAGCAUUGUUUUUCCUUUUUUUGGAGACGUUCAUGCCUAUAUGCAAAAAAUUUAGUAUGCAUAUGGCAUUCGUACUUAUAGGUAGUUAUAUCAAUGUUAAUAGUUUCGCUGUG